GCGACUGUUACAAACCGUAAUCAGUUAUCACUGAGUCUGUAAUAUCGUUGUCGGUGGAUUGUAUAUUUUGUUUUUUUUUUCACACGCCGUCCUCGUUUUGUUCGUGUUUGGUUUUUGUAUGUACUUCGUAUCUACGGUUUUGCGGUCGACAUUUUUUCUAGCUUCGAUAGUUCAAGUCAUUUUACAUCCUGUGCACCCGUUACCGCGCUCGUACGAAGCACGUUUUAUCUGGUUUGGUUGAGUACGGUUUUUUAAAAUUGUUUUUUGCGACGUUCGUUUUUUCAUUUACCAUGGGAUGCACGAUAAGUUCGGGUGAGAAAGAGGCGGUGGAGCGAUCUAAAAAGAUCGACAAGACACUCCGAGCCGACGGCGAAAAAGCAGCUAGAGAAGUAAAGCUAUUACUGUUAGGUGCUGGUGAAUCUGGGAAAAGUACUAUUGUAAAACAAAUGAAAAUCAUUCAUGAGACAGGUUAUUCUAAAGAAGAAUGUGAACGGUAUAGACCUGUGGUAUUUAGUAAUACAAUUCAAAGUUUGAUUGCAAUUAUACGAGCAAUGGGAAUUUUAAGAAUUGAUUUUUCAGAUCCUAGCAGAACGGAAAAUGCCCGUCAUUUUUUUUCUUUAGCUGGUGUUACUGGAGAAGGUGAAUUGACUCCAGAUUUAGUUAAACUUAUGAAAAAAUUAUGGGCAGAUCCUAGUGUACAAGAAUGUUUUUUGCGCUCUAGAGAAUAUCAACUCAACGAUUCUGCUGCUUAUUAUUUAAAUGCACUGGAUAGAAUAUCUUUACCUAAUUAUGUACCUACACAACAAGAUGUGUUACGGACAAGAGUGAAGACUACCGGCAUCAUUGAAACAAAUUUUUCAUUUAAGGGAUUGAAUUUCAAAAUGUUUGAUGUAGGUGGACAAAGAUCAGAGAGAAAAAAAUGGAUUCAUUGUUUUGAAGGUGUUACGGCUAUUAUAUUUUGUGUAGCUUUAUCAGGUUAUGAUUUAGUAUUAGCAGAAGAUGAAGAAAUGAAUAGAAUGAUAGAGUCUAUGAAAUUAUUUGAUUCAAUUUGUAACAGCAAAUGGUUUGUUGAUACAUCAAUAAUAUUAUUCUUGAAUAAAAAAGAUUUAUUUGAAGAAAAAAUCCGAAGAAGUCCACUAAAUUCUUGUUUUCCAGAAUACACGGGUUCUAAUAAUUAUGAAGAAGCAGCUGCUUAUAUACAAAUGAAAUUUGAAAGUUUAAAUAAAAGAAAAGACCAAAAAGAAAUUUACACACAUUUCACUUGUGCUACUGACACAAAUAACAUACAAUUUGUUUUUGAUGCUGUAACUGAUGUGAUCAUCAAGAAUAAUCUCAAAGAUUGUGGUCUUUUUUAGAAUUUGUAACAAGUUGCCAAAAUUAUUAUUAUUAUUAAUGAUUUAAUUGAUAAUUAUUAUCAUUUUUUUUUCAUAUGACUGAUAAAAUUAUAAAGAUCUUAGCAGUUCUCAUUUGUUGUGCCAAAUAAUUAUAAAAUUUAAGUAAUGAAUCA